AUGACGACUAACUAUUUGGUGCCAAACACUAAACCGAUUAAUGGAAAUGUGUUUCAUUCAUUCGAAAAGAUAAAUGAAAUAUUCGCAAAGAAUGACGGUAGAAGAUAUUAUAGAGAACUUGAAAGUUCAUGCUAUGACUCUGAUGCUCCAUAUUUUGAUGAUAAACAAACUCAUUUACGAAUUACAAAUCCGGCUCAUGAUGUGAACCAAUUAGGUGACACAUAUAUUAAACGCAAAGUUAAAGCAACUCUUGUUUCAAAUAAAGCUUUCACAUGUGAUGCCGCUUUUAAAUGCAUGCGUUUAUUCGUUGGUUACAAAUCAUCAAAUCAAAGCUUUAAACAAUUAGAAGUAGAAACUGAAAGAGGUGAUGCCGGUUAUCUUCAGAUGGAUUGCGCCCGUGAAUCUUUCGCAUUUGCAAACAUAUAA